UGCAUAACCCCUGACCCUCUGUCUGGACAGUGCUGAUUGGCCCUGUACGGAUCACAUGUACCCUCUCAAGAAAAAAAAACCUCUCUAUCAGUAUACACCAAACUGAGCAUGUGCAGAGUGUCCCUGAGUCUGUGUUCUAUCAGGAGAUGAAAUGGAGAAUGUGGAAGAAGGGGAGGAUCAGAGAAGACAGGAUCAAACAUCCUUUUUACACAAUACAGAGCAUUAACCCCUUAAAUUCCACAGUGAGUAUAACAAGCAUGCUUUACUGCAUAUACAGACUGAUUUUACUGUUGUGGGUUUAG